AUGAAAAAGAAUCAUGUUCAUUCAUAUCUUUAUGCUCAUUCUCAUAACAAUGCUCCCGCAUACACCUAUGAUCACUCUUGUGCAUAUUUUUAUGCUCACACAUGUGAGGCUCCUAGAGCUAAGACUUAUCGAUCUUAUGUUCACGUAUCCCAUAGGCUUCAAUGUGUUUAUUCCAUGAGAUAUGGUCACAAGAGUAUUGAUUGCUAUGUUAGAAAGGUACCAAAGGAAACCGUGGUGAAUAAAACCAAAUGGUAUGUCGAUAGCAGUUCUUCUAGGCACCUGACCGGCCAGAUCUCCAACUUCACCCAAUUGGAACAUAAAAAAUUGGGAAAUGUCACGUUCGGUGAUGAUGCCAAAGGUCAACAUGUGGGGAUAGGAAAGAUAGGUAAUUCUUCUUCUUCUUCUAUAGAAAAUGCGUGGCUUGUAAAUGGUCUAAAACAUAAUCUUUUGAGUGUAAGUCAAUUUUGUGACAAGGACUAUAAUGUCAACUUCAAUUCCAAGGCUUGCUAUGCUAUCCAACCAAUGGAUAACACGGUUAUCUUCAAAGGAAAUCGAAGGAAAAAUACUUACAUAAUUGAUUUGGAUACGCUUGAAAAUCGGGAUGGCAAGUGCUUACUAUCACUUAGCGAUGAGUCUUGGUUGUGGCACCGUCGACUUGGUCAUGCUAGUUUAGACCUAUUAAAUGAGGUUAGCAAGGAUUAUCUUGUCAAAGGUGCCCAAGAUAAAUUUUUCAAAAGACAAAGUGUUUGGACCUUGUCAAAUGGGAAAACAACACAAGUCUUCUUUUAA